GAGCGUUACAGCUUUUUGACACAGCGUUGGCUAGACAUUAGUGAUGAAAGAGUUCGCGAGCGCAUUUCCAGACUUAAGUUUGCGCUCUCCGUUUCUUCUCUUGUCUUUGAAAAAGAAAAUCGUGAAAAUUUCGUCGUCAUCCGAAAUUGGACGAGUCAGUAACGACGUGUUUUGUUUGUCAUUUAUUUUUUAAUCGACUCUGACCUGAGGAAAAAGCCUCGUCUAUUCGCAAGGAAUAGGGGAAGGUGAGAAACCUUCUUUUCUCGAAAAUCCCUUCCCUUCUUUAAUAAGAUUCAUUGCUUCCGUUCUCCGAGAGAAAGAAGAUGAAGCAGUGUAGUCUUGGAAUUGAUGGUUUACGAAACUCUCUUUCGCCUCCCUCCAUCGAUUCAUCUCCUUUAACUUCCACAUCUGAACAUGAAGAUUCUCUCUUUCGUGAUUAUACUUUAGACCUCUCCUUCUUGUCCUCCGAUGAUUCUCUAUCUAAUUUGUCUCGCGAUGUGGACACAACCAUAGAGAGACAGCUUCUACAGGAUAAGACAGUCUUGCUAAACCCUAAUCCACUUGUCUCGAAAUUGCCUGAGGUGCUGAUUGUGUCCUCCACUGUAGCUGGUGAUGGCAAGUUGAAAAUGGCAUGUGUCAACACAACUGUCUUGUCUGAAAAUUCUUCUACAGAUUCUGAGGAAGAUACUCCUUGCUGGAUAGGAAUAAACUCUCGCAAGACUCUCGCCUCAGGUGCCAUUUGCAGGCGUUCUACUGACGAUCUUAGUGGGUUUCGUAGAUUGAAUCCAUUGGCGCCACAGUUUAUACCAUCCAAUUCUAACAAGAUUCUAGAAAUGGAUGGGAAAAGUUGUGAAGAGAACGGUUCUUCCUCUUUGAAGAAGUCUCUCUCUUCGGAUUUUCCAUCAUCGUCAGGAGAAUUCAACUUUACCAAUCUUCUUGAAGAUGGAAUAGACGAUGCAGCAAGCAUCUUGACCCACAAUGCUGAUGAAAGUUUGGGUUUUGUAUCUCAAGAUAUCGAUUCUAGAAAAGGGUUCCAACAAUCUAAAAGGUUGGAUCCUUUGGCCCCUGUGUUUGUUCCCUCAAAUGCAAAACUAAGUCCUUCUGUUCAUGAAACGCAAGUAGCUUUGGAGACAAAUGCACAUUCAACUUCUGCUCUCACUUAUUCAGAUAAUAAGUCGCCAGGGAAGGUCAAGGUAGAUACACCUUUUGGAGAGGCUGGUCGUAUUCAUAUAUCAGGUUCAUACAAUCCUUGGCUUGAAUCCAAAGUUGGGAUUACGGAGUCUGCAAAACUAGGAAGCUCCAGCAACAAGUCUCAUGGUCAGAGGAAACUGAAUCCUUUGGCUCCUCAGUUCUCUCUUGCUGAUAGUAAACCGAAUGAAUAUAGGUAUGAGAAAUACCAAGCCGCAGAUGAUUUCUCGCUAGUGGUAAAUCCUACUGGUUUUACGAAGCAUAAUGUUGCCGAAGCAGACUUAGCACAGUCCUCAAUCUAUGUGAAACCGUUACUUCCCAACAUGUCACGUGGAAACUCUUCACUUAUAUCUCCAACAGCGGACACUAACUUUGGGUCUUCUAAGUCGUAUGCGGUGGAGCCAAACACUACACUUACAGUGAACGGUAAUCAAGAUUUUCAGCAUCCUCUUCCAUUUCACGUGGUGGAAACUGCAGCGAGUUCAUCUUCAAGCAAUGCAAAAGCCUUAUCUGGCUCAUCACCAAAGAUGGAUGUGAUGAAACUACUUACAACGAUUCAUGGACUGUCAGAGUUACUAACACUUGCACAUGGUUCAGAAUCUUCAGAUUCACUGGAAGAGCUUGAUCUCAUUAACAGUACUGUACAGAAUCUCAACAUGUACAUCCAAAAUGGCAUUCAGGAACAGGCCGUGAAUCAAAGCGUUGUACAACACAAUUCAUAUGAUCUACGGCUUUUAUCUAACAAGAGUAAGCUAUCGAUUAGAGAUCUUCAGCUUCCAAGGACAAGCAAUAUGACCGUCGACUUUGAUGUUAGAAGGAAGGAAAAAUACUCUAUGGCCUCAGAGGAGACGUUUCCAGAUUCUGGUUUGUAUCAAUGUGGUGUUACGAAAGAUAAAGGCUUUGGUCAGGUUGUGGCUAAAAGUGGUUACCAACAGAAUCAUCAAGGCGAGGAGCAGAUUAAUCAGCAUGCACUGUUCUAUAAAAGCUUAUGGCUGAAGGCUGAAGCAGACAGGUGUUUGAUGGUAUACGAGACUUCUCUUUCAAAUCCUGGUUCUUGAGGAUAUUAGAAAGAUUGGCAAGGCUUGCACAAGGGGCUCUCCUUUAGAUCAUUUUCUCCCGAUUUUGCAGGUUGGCAUGUAAAAUUUCAGAGAACAGGGCUGACAUGUGUUGUGACUAAACGUGCAGAAGGAUGAAAUUCUGGGUACUGUUUGGUCGUGAAGCCUUUCAAUUGCUGAAGAAUUUAAUUUUUUUUUGUUAUGUGGUCUGAUAUUGGAUUAUUAGAUGUAUAAACAAACGAUUUGUAACUUUUCUCUUAACAAAGUCAUCACGCUCUUUGUAAUAUAGUGCUUUUUUCUUACAAAUUUGC